AUGGGUGGGGACAUCUGUGCCCAAAGCUUUGGCAGCCUACCUGCUACGCGCGCCACUGGCGGCUCAACCAUACACGGCAGAGCAAAUGGUGCGUGCCCCGCCAUCCUGGCAGGACCCGAGCUGCCCGAUGGCUUGCCGGCUUGCCGGCUUGCCGGCCGCGUGGACGGCGCAGAGAUUCCCGGAUCCUCUUUAAUGCCGACGGGCAGGGCUGCAAGUCCGCCGCCGGGGACAUCGGGAAAGUGGCAACUGCCUUACCCGGCUGAACUCGACGGACGUGCUGCAUAUGAUUCAAACAUGUCGGGCGACUAUCCUCAGGAAAAGUUUGUCCAUGCGUCACUCGAAGCCGGCUCCUUCUGGGAGCAGUGGCAGACGGUAGCCCGCAAGGUGACCUUGCCUGUCCAGCUGGAGCUUCUCCGCAAGACGGGCAGGUACGAAGCCUUCAACCUCCAGCACAUCCCUUACUACGACCGGGAACCCGCUAUAUGGCCCGUGCCAGACCAUCUUUUCUGGGAGUCGGACGUCGCAAAGUGGAUCGAAGGCGCUUGCUACCAUCUUCAGUCCCACCCCGACCCCGAGAUUCAGUCGCAUGUGGACCAUCUGGCCAACUUGAUCGAAAAGGCCCAACAGCCUGAUGGAUACCUCAACAUUCACUUUGUGGUCAACACGCCUGACGAGCGAUGGACGAAUCUCCGCGAUCUUCACGAGCUGUACAACUUCGGCCACCUGAUCGAAGGUGCGCUCGCUCACCAAGCGCAGUGCGGCUCGGAUCAACUGAUCAAGGUCAUGCUUCGCUUUGUCGAUUACUGCUGUACCGUGUUCGGGAAUGAUCCGGACAAGCUCGCGGGUUAUCCGGGUCAUCCAGAGGUCGAAUUAGCCUUGCUCAGGCUUUAUCAUCGCACUCGGUACGCCAAGUGCCUCGAGCUGGCAGCUUACUUUCUGACCGAGCGCGGCAAGGAUGGAGGCCAAUUCUACAAGGACGAGCAGGCCAAGCGUGGCGAGCAUAAACACACAAUUCCAGGCAUGAUGCCCAAGCCGUACAGCUUCUGGUACAUGCAGGCGCACAAACCGAUUGUGGAGCAGGAUACCAUCGAGGGUCACUCUGUCCGAGCAAUGUACCUGCUUACUGCAGUGCAGGAUUUGGUCGUCACUCCUGACAGCACUCGAUUUGUAUCGGAACAGCAGAUCGAGCAGCUUUCUGCCGCAGCAAUGCGGUUGUGGAAGAGCAUGGUGCUCACGAAGAUGUACGUCACGGGCGGCAUUGGCAGCAUCAAGCAGUGGGAGGGCUUCAGCAUUCCGUAUUCGCUUCCCCUCAGCACGGAUGAGGGCGGAUGCUACACAGAGACUUGUGCUGGCAUCGGAGCACUUAUGUUGGCGGAUCGGCUGCUGCACGAGAAGCUGGACGGUGAUGUCGGAGACGUCGCCGAGCGGGUACUCUACAAUUCAAGCAUCACGACUGGCAUGUCGGUGGACGGCAGAGCUUUCACCUAUGUCAACCAGCUCGCGAGCUCGGCCGAAGAGCCUUGCGAGCGCUUCGAUUGGUUCGAGUGCGCCUGCUGCCCUCCAAACGUGAUGCGCACCUUCGGCUGCUUGCAAGGCUACUUCUUUGGCAGCUUAUCCAGUCGGACCUCGGAUCUUGUGAUUCACCAGAUCUUCGCAGGCUCCAUCGACUAUCUCGGCAACAAGGUCCAAAUGCGCACCAACUAUCCGCACAGCGGUCAAGUCAUCAUUCUUGUGGAGAUUAUCGCCCCAUCGGCCACCAUCUGGCUGCGUGUUCCAGGCUGGGCCAGGUCGACCUACACCUUCUCUGGUGAUGCCCAGUUGGUGGAUGGCUACAUCGCUAUCCAGAGGCCAGGCGAAUACGAGCUAAACUUGCAGCUUAAGCCGCGAUUGCUCUUCUCUCAUCCAGACAGUGGACCCAGUCGCGUGAGUCUAGCCUACGGCCCUCUCAUCUACUGCAUAGAGGAUAUCGACAAUCCAUGGAUCGACGACCUUCCCGAACGCGAGCAUCACUUCAAACACCUCUGCUUGGACUUGCCAGCCGAAUCUUCUCAGAUCAGCGUACUUGAACAGGACAGCGAUGGGAUCAUCAAGUUGCGAGUGGCUGCGUCAGGGUACACGCUCAGGGUCGACGAUGCUCAAGGUUUUGCUUCUGCUUUCGAGCAGGACAAACAGCCCGGAUUCUACGAAGAAGCAGGAAAAGGCCGUGAUCUCGUCUUCAUUCCUUACUUUUACCGCUGCAACAGAAAGGGCACAAAGGGCAGGAUGCGCACUUCGCUGCGCGUCAAGCCUUGA